GGAGCCACCCGAGUGCGAUCAGCUGACGAUCGUGCUUGACAUUUCGUGCGCGCGAUAAUCGGCGUAUUUUUCAGCCUGCGACCGCGUCACACGGCAGGCAGCCUCCUUUUUUCGCAACUCUGGACCCGAUCCUCGUCAAGUCGCUCACUUGAGGCCCGAGGUGUGAAGAGUGAUUUGAAGCGCCAGCAGCGACAUCUGUCAAUUUGUCUGUCAAGUUUAUUUUCAAGAUGACUACGGUGGAGCGUCGACACAUUUUUCUCCGGCCGAACUAGAGUUAAAUAUGCCAUAAUACCGAAUUAUCAGUUUUCAAAAUUGGCAAUAUUUCCAUUCCUGUUAAAAAACGUACGAUCAUCAUGGAGUCAAACAAUAAAGAGGCAAUAUGUAAAAGAUUUGUCUCGAAAUAAAUACAUUACUACACCCAUUUUUUAUGUGAAUGCUGGUCCUCAUAUCGGACACUUGUACAGUGCUGUUUUGGCUGAUGCAAUUACUCGAUACAACACCAUGUUGGGCCACAAAACAUUCUUGACCACAGGCACUGAUGAGCAUGGUAACAAAAUUAAAGCUGCUGCAGCUGCAGCGGGUCUGCCAAACCUCGAGUACUGUAAUAAUAUUUCGCAGCAAUUCAGGGAAAUGUGCGAUAGGUUUGAAGUGGAUUAUUCGCGUUUUAUUAGAACUACAGAAAAGCAACAUUAUGAUGCAGUGCAUCACUUUUGGAAACGGCUGGAGGAAAGAGGGCAUAUCUAUCUAGGAAAGUAUUCGGGGUGGUACUGUGUAUCAGAUGAAGCGUUCCUGUCUGAUACAGAGUUGGUGGAGCAGAGAGAUCUUACUGGUAAAAUAAUCAAAGUCUCCGCGCAGUCAGGAAAUACGGUAGAAUGGACGGAAGAGGAGAAUUACAAGUUUCGUCUUAGCGCAUUUCAAGAUGAUCUCAGGCAUUGGCUCAAAGAUGAAAACGUAAUUAGACCAGCAUUGUAUCAUAAAAUAUUGUCGGAGUGGAUAGAAGAAGGUACAUGUUUACAAGAUUUAAGCAUCACUAGAAUCAGGAAUAAAGUGCCAUGGGCCAUGCCUUCUCCAUGCGAUGAGUCUCAUUCAAUAUACGUGUGGAUGGACGCUUUAAUAAAUUAUUUAACAGCCUUAGGAUAUCCAGAUGAAUCAUUCAAAGAAUUUUGGCCACCUACUAUUCAAGUAAUAGGAAAAGAUAUUUUAAAGUUCCAUGGUGUUUAUUGGCCAGCAUUCUUGAUAGCAGCGGGUCUUGAGCCUCCAAAAACGUUGCUGUGUCAUGCUCAUUGGACCGUUGAUCAUCAGAAAAUGUCGAAAUCAAAAGGAAACGUGAUCUCACCGUUUGAGGCUGCAACUAAUUAUUCAGAAGAUGGAUUACGAUACUUCAUUCUCAGAGAAGCUGUGCCGCAGAAUGACGCAAAAAAUUUUUUUUGUGCUGUAGAUUACAGUUCAAAAAAGAUUGUCAAUGUAUUAAAUUCCGAACUGGCGGAUACAUUAGGCAAUUUAGUCAAUCGUUGUGCGGGUAAAACGAUCAAUCCGUCUAAAGAGUUCCCCGAUCCGGCAAAAUACUGGAACGUAUUGCAGUCUCAGGUGGCCGACGAAACCAGAAAAGCUUUAGAAUCCGUAGGGAGGAGAGCACGCGAAAGUUACGAAGAAUACAAUUUGCAUCAUGUCGUAGACGCGGUUAUGAGUAUGCUUCAUUGUGCGAAUAAAAUGGUAGACUAUCACGAACCUUGGAAGCUGAGAAAGCAGGUCGACGAUGCAGAUUCGAUUAGGGAACUCAAAGCUGUAAUAUCAUUUGCUCUGGAAAGUAGCAGAAUAGCUGCUUUAAUAUUAUAUCCAAUUACACCAAGAUUGAGCAGUAACUUGCUCGAUUUUCUGGAUAUCCCGAGAGAGAAUCGCACGUGGACGGAUACCGUGCCUAAAUUCUUCAACAACAGUGGCGUGAAAGAAAGAUAUAUUGAGUGUAACAAUGUAAUAUUGUUUAAGAAAAUAAGGAGUCAAUAAAUAUCUAUUAUUUGUUCGGAAUUUCGAUCGAUAAGGAAAUGUGUGGUAGUUUUCUAUAUUCUUUGUGUAAAAAUCUCAGAGUGUGUGAUGUGAUAAAAUUGCAUAGUGAAAGUUAUAUACCUCAAUUAUAUGUUGUGUAUGAAUUACAAUGAGAAGAUAUUUUGUAGAAGUACUAUUCGUUAAUUUAGAAUUUUAUAUUCACAGCUUAAAAAUUUUCUGCUAUUGUAGAUAUAAUAAGCAUAUAUAAGUGUUUGUUUUUCGUAUCGGUUUGUGUUUCCUACGCUUUGAUGGGAUACAGGAAUUAGUAAGAAAUCGCAAAUCAGAUACUCUUGUCGAAGUCUUAUAAUCUAAUAUAUUUACAGAGAACGGUCAUUCGAAUAUAUCAGUAAUAUACAUCAACAAAUCAACAUUGCGCCGAGCCGAUUGGAGAGUUUUAAACAUCGUUCCUUCAACCGUUCUUAUACAAUCCACAACAACGUAUACAUUUGUGCACUCAUUUUCUUUCGUUAUCCCCCCUACCUCCUCUCGCGCCGAAUCGCAAUGCGCUUUGUAUCGUAGAUAUAGAUGUACCAAGGAAGCUCGACGGAUCCUCGCGAACGCAAAUUGGUUCGUGACUACUUCCUUCCGCUCGGAUAUGUGAUGCAAAAUUGAGUUUUAGAUUCGACGGGUGCUCGACGAUUUUCGAUUUCGCGUAUAUAUCUGAUAAGCGCGUCCAUAAUUCUGAGAUGUUGCGUUUCCGCGAGCAUCUUUCUCUCUUUCUCUUUGUGUUUCUCUCUUCGCGCCCCGUCAAAUAGAAAAAUAAUUAAAUGGCUAUUUACAAGAUGGAAAAUGAUUUCUGUAGUUCACACGGCAUGCCGUUUGCGUUGACCUAUUGCUAUAAAGUUUUUUUUUU